AUGAAUGAUGAGAAGGCCGUCCCAGUCGAAUCUAUGGAGAAUUGUAGUCCAGUAUUUGAAGGUGUCACUGUUUUGGCUGUUGACGCCGAUUCUGCAUGUCUUACUUUACUAUCAAGAAUGCUUUAUAAGUUGGGGUAUAAAGUUUUGACAGCAAAAAGAGCCUGUGAUGCAUUAUCCAUUGCUCAGAAGAAGGAAAAUGAGCUUCAUCUUCUUCUGACUGAGGUUCACUUGCCUGACAUGGACAAAUAUGAGCUCCUAGAAAGAAUGAGAGCAGUUUCCAAAUUACCAGUUGUUAUUAUGUCUGAUGAUGAUGAUGCGAAUGCCAUGCUAGGUGGGCUGUUCAAAGGGGCAGUAUAUUACAUUGUUAAACCACUCACAAUGGACAGCCUAAAAAACCUAUGGCAAUUUGCAUUCAUCAGCAAUAGAGAUGCAGUCACCAUCAACAACAAUAGAGAUGCAGUGAUAGAUCUCACUGCAGAUGACAGCAGUGGUGAGUUCCAACAGGAGUACACAUCAAAUGAGGGUUUGGAGAUUGAAUCGAUUAUGAAGAAAGAGAAGCAGAUCAGCCAUCGAAAAUCGCUGAAACGGAAAAAUCCAGAAGGGAUGAACAAAGAUAAGGGAGGAGAUAAUUCUGAUUCAACUUGUACCCAAAAGAAGCCAAAGAUGGUUUGGACUAAUGAGCUUCAUAAGAAAUUUGUGCAAGCUGUUACGUUGCUGGGAGUUGAUAGUAAGAGUCUCUUCUUACUUUUUUUAUACAAGCAAUCUAAACUGCGGGGAUGGGGAUUCGAGCUUGGGUUCAUAGGGGAGAGCACAUCCACUCUAGCCAAUAAGGUUGCACCUACAAUUAUGGUAGCUAAUUUAUUUCUUGACUUAGGUGCUCAUCCAAAGAAAAUACUUCAGCACAUGAAUGUCCCUGGCCUGAGGAAAGAAAAUGUUUCAAGCCAUUUGCAGAAGUAUCGCCUCUCCUUGAAGCGGGAACAAGAAGAAAUCAUGAUGAGGAAGGCCAGAGAAACUAAAGAAUCAAGUUUUCCUGCAUCACCGUUAAACUUUCCAGGAGGUUCUUCAAAUCAGUUUCCAAACCGAUCACCCUUCACAUCAACAGCAUAUCAACCAGAAAUUAGAAGCCAUUGUCGGAACCCAAGUAGUAACAUGACUAGACCUUCCCCUGGUUCUACUUUUGUUCUACUGGCACCGCCAUCACUACCACCACCAGCAGAGGAGCAAGAGAACCAUGAUGACAUUUUUGGGCUUGGAAAGCAGUUGCAAACAAAUGAUGUGCUACUGUCACCACAAUGGAAAUUGCCUUCACUGGCACCAACACCAGCAACACAGGAGCAGAAGGAAACUGAUAUGUUUGGGAUUGAAAGAGGAGAUACGGAUGACUUAUUCGACAUUGCAAAAGGCACGACUCAGCAGUUCCAUGAUGUCAAUUUCGAUGAUUUUUGGUGA